AUGAAGUCCACCACCAUCGUGACCUUCGCCGGGCUUCUUGAUGUUGUCCUUGGCCAUGGCUACUUGACCAUCCCAUCUAGUCGCACCCGGCUCGGCGCAGAGGCCGGCAUCGACUCUUGCCCCGAAUGCACCAUCCGCGAGCCCGUCUCCGCGUGGCCAGACCUCACAGCCGCUACUGUCGGACGCAGCGGUCCCUGCGGCUACAAUGCUCGUGUCUCCGUCGACUACAACCAGCCCUCCACGAACUGGGGCAACUCGCCCGUAGCGACCUACACCCGUGGCCAGGUCGUCGACGUGCAGUGGUGCGUGGACAACAACGGUGACCACGGCGGCAUGUUCAGCUACCGCAUCUGCCAGGAUCAAGCCCUCGUCGACAAGUUCACCACGCCGGGAUACCUGCCCACCGAUGCCGAGAAGCAGGCCGCCGAGGACUGCUUCCAGCGCGGGACGCUCUCCUGCACCGACGUCUCCGGCCAGAACUGCAACUACAGCCCGGAUUGCUCCUCCGGACAGCCUUGCUGGAGGAACGACUGGUUCACUUGCAACGCGUUCCAGGCGGACAGCCGGAGGGGAUGCCAGGGUGUCGACAACGCGCCUCUGGGCUCUUGCUACACCUCCAUCGCGGGUGGCUACACCGUGACGAAGAAGAUCAAGAUCCCCGACUACGUCUCGAACCACACCCUGCUCUCGUUCCGAUGGAACUCGUUCCAGACGGGCCAGGUCUACCUGACCUGCGCCGACAUCGCCAUCUCGGGCGGCAGCGGCGGCGGCGGCAACCCCGUCACCUCGACGCGCACCACCUCUGCCGCCGCCACGGCGACGAGUGGCAGCUGCACGGCGGCCAGCAGCGUGGCCGUCACCUUCAACGAGCGCGUGACGACGGUGCUGGGCCAGACGAUCAAGAUUGCGGGGUCGAUCGCGGCGCUCGGAAACUGGAACGCGGCGUCGGCGCCGGCUCUUUCGGCGUCGGGUUACACGAGCUCGAACCCGGUGUGGUCCUACACGGUGACGCUGCCGGUCGGGACGACGUUUGAGUACAAGUUCAUCAAUGUUGCGUCGAGCGGGACGGCGACGUGGGAGAGCGACCCUAACCGAUCAUACACGGUGCCAAGUGGUUGCGCGACUGCUGUCACCGUCAGCAGCAACUGGAAGUAA